AUGUCAGAACACAAACCAGACAUUGCUCACCCUCGAAUUGCGUCCUAUCCGUUCAACGAGCCCUCGGCCGAUAUCACACUACGCACCCGAGAUGGAGUCGACUUCUACGUCUACCGUCCCAUCCUCUCCCUAGCAUCCCCCGUAUUUGCAGAUAUGUUUUCCCUUCCGCAACCUGCAACCCCCAAACAGGACCAAAUCAUCGCUCGGCCAGUCAUAGACAUCACAGAGGAUAGCAAGACCAUCGAGAGGCUGCUCCGCCUCUGCUACCCUAUUGAGAAGGAGAAGCUGGACGAAUUUGAGGAUAUCGUCGCAGUUUUGCAGGCAGCCAUGAAGUACGACAUGAAAUGGCCGAUAUCCUCGCUAACUGUCGACCUCCUUGCUAUCGUCCCUCACAGUCCACUGAAGGUAUGGGCGAUCGCUUCCUACUUGAUCACCCUCCGGUACGGGCUAACUGAUUGCGCACGACUUGCUGCCCGAGAGGUCCUCGAACACUCCAUCGCUGGGGUCCACGUUCACAGUAUGGAGUCUCCGUCGUCCACAGCGCUUGCGUAUCAUCGUCUUUUGCAAUACUAUGACGCCUGUGCAGCGGCUGUCGAUGCGUGCAUCAAAGCCGCAGCAGCGCAAAACGUUACAAUGAGCGACAACAACAUAGCGACAUCGCCUGCACUGGGGCACCCGUUCGACCUUCCAUCCACCGAUAUUACCUUGCGGAGCGCAGACAAUGUCGACUUCCCCGUCCAUAAGCUCAUCCUCUCUGUCUCCUCAGCUUUCUUCCGAGACAUGCUCUCGCUACCCCCACCUCGCGACGAUGCCACGAGUACCAAAUCGUUGUCUCCGCCUAGUCCUGUGGUACCUCUCGCUGAGGAUGGCAAGACGAUCGAGAGGCUACUCCGCCUCUGCUACCCCAUCGACAAGCAGCCCUUAGAUGACUUGAAGGACAUCGCCCCCGUGCUCAAGGCCGCGCUCAAGUACGACAUGGAGUGGCCAAUCAGACUCCUCACGAGAGAUCUCCUCGCCAUCAUGCCAAAGGCGCCGUUGAAGGUAUGGGCGUACGCCUGCCAAUGCGGGCUGGAGGACCUCGCCCGUUCGGCGGCUCGCGAGGUGCUCGGCGAGAGCACGAAGGGCGACAACACAAAGAGCAGUCGGCUCGUGAACUUCGGGGCGAUGCUGGGGUCGAUAGGGCUGGAUGUCCUGGAGGGAGUCACGGCAAGCGACUACUUCCGCCUGCGGGAGUACAUUCUGUCCGGGGAAUGUGAGGCGCGUUUCGUAGCGUUGAGUCCAAAUCUCUCGGACGUAGUCGACACCUCCACCGGGAUUAGCAGAGCCCCAGAACACCACGCUGCCAGCUUCUACCCCCCUGUCCCACGUCCAGACCUCACACUCCGCUGCCUGGACACUACGACCCACCACGCUCACGAAGCCAUCCUUUCUCUCCAUUCCUCGGUCUUCGGUAACUUGAUCGACGCCGAGCGGGCUAGGCAAACUCGCGAAUCUGGCGCCGUCUACCCACGUGUCGAGCUCGAAGUUGAGGUGAAUUCCGACACCCUGACGGUUCUCUUGGAGUUGUGCUACGGGAACACGUCCGGCCUUCCCUCCUCCUCCUCCUCCUCCAGCCUUGACGCUCUCCUCGUCGCCGUGGAAAGGUACAACAUGGUCCUGAUCCAUAAGAUCGUGAAGGAUCGCUGGGACGAGAUCGCCAGAACCAAUGCCCUGGACGCUUACUUCGUCGCCCUGCGACAUGGACUGACGUCGCAAGCCAGAGUCGGCGCGAGAGGGGUGUUAGACAGCCCUAUCAACGGAGCUUACGCCCGGUCCAUGGAAUCCACCUCUGCGCUCUCAUACCACCGUCUCCUGGAUUACUACGCGUGCGGCGCUGCCGUGGAGGCAAAGAUGCAGGACACGAUUCCUCAGUGGAAUGUCGAUAUCCAGGAGGCAACACGGUUAAGCUAUGAACGCUCCUCCUCGAACGACGGGAUACGAGAAGGCGGCAUCAUGGAGCGGCAUCUUUGUGACAUCGCCGGGAGAAGUGAGGAGGGGCCCGGACGAGUGAUCGCGAAGCUAGCCUUUAGCUCAUUGCUGAUGCUGUCCGAUUACCAUUAAUCAAUAUGGCCCUAUCGUAGCAGACAGUCCUGCCUGGCCGUCGUCAAGGCGGUAUCGGCACUGAGCUCCAAUUUGGAAGAUGCAAUCGCCGAAGCAAUCUCUCAGGUGGAGCUCAAGAUCGACUAGCACUCGGUCGUAGAUUGCGGAAGGCUCGUCACCCGUGUCGCUUUAGCACUGUCUCUCUUGCACCGAAUUGUACGAUACAAUGUCUGUUGUCUGAUGCCCGGACCGUAGCGGUCUCAAUCUCCGGCUCUGAUAGUGGAACAAUCUCUGACUUGCGUCAUGGAUGCGGGUACGUGA